AUUCAGUCCGCAGACAAAACCCUCUCCGCCGGCCGGGUUUAGCUAGGUUAGCCCAGACAAGUGUCUGAAAUCGCCCUGUCCUUAAAAUGUCUCACCCGAUACCGUCUGACAAGCCUUCAAACCCCGAAAACCCUCGUGUCUUCUUCGAUGUAGACGUUGGCGAAGAAAGAGCUGGCCGGAUUGUACUGGAGCUGUUUGCUGAUAUCACCCCCAAAACUGCUGAAAACUUCCGGGCACUCUGCACUGGAGAGAAAGGCACUGGCAAAUCCACUGGGAAACCGCUGCACUUCAAAGGAUGCCCGUUUCACAGAAUCAUCAAGAAGUUCAUGGUCCAAGGAGGUGACUUCUCCAACCACAAUGGCACCGGUGGUGAGAGCAUCUACGGGGAGAAGUUUGAGGAUGAAAACUUCCACUACAAGCAUGACAGAGCGGGUCUGCUGAGCAUGGCCAACGCUGGGCCAAACACCAAUGGCUCACAGUUCUUCAUCACUACUGUGCCCACUCCACACUUAGACGGCAAGCAUGUAAUCUUCGGACAAGUGUUGAAAGGGAUGGGAGUCGUAAAGUUGCUGGAGGCCAUUGACACUAAUGAGGACGCCCCUGUAAAGCCUUGCGUCAUAGCAGACUGUGGAGAGCACAAGGACGGGGACAGCUGGGGCAAUGCACCGAGCGACGGAUCAGGGGACAUCCACCCAGACUUCCCCGAGGACUCUGACGUCGACUUCAAAGAUGUGGACAAAGUUCUCUCUGUUGCCGAGGAUGUGAAGAAUAUUGGAAACAGUCUUUUUAAGAAUCAAGACUGGAAAGCUGCAGUCAACAAAUAUAGCAAAGCCCUCAGGUACUUGGAGGUGAGUGGAGAGCUGCUGGAGGAGGAGGCGCAGCGGAAGCUGGAGCCCACGGCCCUCAGCUGCUUCCUCAACACAGCAGCGUGUAAUCUGAAGAUGCAGCUGUGGCAGGACGCUGUGGACAGCUGCAAUGAGGCUCUGGAGCUGGACCAAGCGAACACUAAGGCACUUUUCCGGAGGGCCCAGGCCUGGCAGGGGUUAAAGGAAAACAGCAAAGCCAUGAUUGAUCUGAAGAAAGCUCAGGGAAUAGCUCCAGAAGACAAAGCUAUCAGCAACGAGAUGAAGAGGGUUCAGCUGAAAAUCCAGGAGGAGAAGGAGAAAGAGAAGAAAAUCUAUGCCAAGAUGUUUGCCAGUUGAGUUCCCGUUAGUAACAUUUAUCAGUAUUUGAAACCAUCUCCAGGUGGGAAGCUGCACUCAGAUAAGGAGUCCGUAACCAGGUGAACGUGUACAGUAUUUUCAGUUGGCAGGUCCUCCAUAUGUUUUCAAGCGAGCACAUUACUCACUGUCUGUGUUGUUUUAAGGGAAAUUAACUAUCGUAAGCUUCGACCUGUCUUGAUUCUGACAAGUGUCUUCACUGUAAUGAAAAGUCUGAUGCAUGGCUGACUCCACGGUUCUGACAGAACAAGGUGAACACCCGACACCGGUCCUUGUUCUGGGGUUUGGAAGUAGAUCAGCAUAGCAAAAGUUGUGUAUGUUAAAUUGUGUCAUGGUAGGAAUUUUGAUACAGUGCCCUUGGCCACAUACAAUCCAUCCAUCUGUUUUUAUUUAUGUUUUUUACAGAGAUCAAUAAAACAAUAAGGAUAACAGUCGAGUUCUUCAUUCAUUACUGUGAUAUUAUUAUCAGCCAGUGGUUUUAUGUACAAUACUGUGCAGAUGGAAUACUGUCCAAAUAUACCUGGAAAAUUGUUGAAAUAAACUUUAAUUUGAGAAGA